UGCCUGUGAAUAGCCUGAGCAACAUAGCAAGAACCCGUCUCUGGAAAAAAAAAAAAAAAGUGCUAAGAGAUUAGGAAAACAAGUUUAAGGAUUACUUCCCAAAGAUAGUACUCUUAUCCCAAACACUAGAAAUUUGGUUAUUAAGAAAAGUAACACAGAUGAGAGGAAGUACAAGAAUAAUAGAAGCCCAAAGCAUCAUGUCCAAGUAAAACUAGGAGAGAAAAUUUUUGGUUUGCCUCAGAUUCUUGUUUAGUAUUUUUUAAAAACGUCUCCCUGUGCUUUUUAUCCUUCCCCUUCACAUUAUCUUGCUCAUUCUUGCUUCACAUUAUGCUUGCUAAUUCUCAGGUGUCCAUCGCUCUGUAGAAUGUCAGGGAGCCAGCAAAUUCCAAACCUGUAAUUACUGAGGCUAUGUCUGGUACCAUGUCAUAUACAGGUCCUACAUUUCCCCUCCCUUAUCUAAAAGUGAAACUUUAGUAAAUUUUGACAUUUAACUUUCCAGAGUGGUGUUAAUUUUAAGCUCCUACCCUUUCUUAAUGUGAGAGUUAGUGAAAUAAAUAACAUUAAACCAUUUUAAAUUGGGGGAGGGGGGAAGGAAGACAUUAUGAAAACAUAAGGUACUACUGCUUGAAUUGGUAAAGAUACAACUUAAACCCUGUUUCUUUAGGAAGUUUUGAGACCAAAGAUCAUAAUAAAACAGACUUAGGAAACGGCUUCAAGAGAAUACUGUCCCCAUUGUAUACGUGCCUUUACUCCUUUUUUAUACACUAUUGUAAACUCCUUGACCUUCUGACCAAGAUAUUUCUUAGUGACUGGUUCUAACAAUUUGGCUUUAUCUCAUUCUCAGUGUGCAAUGAAUGCUAUGGCUGCAACAUCAUACAAUCAACUCCUAGAAGUCACAACAAGAUUUUUGACGUGAGGGGAUGUCCCUCAUUUAGAGUUCCCUUCUGGAUAAGAUACUGGAGGUUUCAUUGCAGGGAAUUCUUGGGAGAAAACAAUAGGAGGAUGAGGAAUUGUGAGGUUUUUUUUCCCUAAAGAAAAAUAUCAAUAAAACAACCGUGUUGACAGCGUAAAGCAGCGCUUCUAUCUGGGGUCAAGGCCGGAGCAAUGGACACCUUAUCCCGCUCACCCUCUUCCUCUGAUAAAGCCCCACCAGUGCUGAUAACGUCUUUCUUCAUAAGAGCCUAGAGGCCUUUCUUAAAAGUGCUUGAAAAAGAAGAGGACAAAGGCACACUGCUAUUAAGAGGAUUUUCCAGGCUGUUUCUGGUAGUUGGUCCUGAAAGAUGUCUCAGGUCCUGCUUAUCUGCCUCUUCAUCGUGGUCCCCUCGGUGUCAUCAACAGCCCUAGAUCCUUGUUCUGCUUACAUCAGUCUGAAUGAGCCGUGGAGGAACACUGAGCACCAAUUUGAUGAGUCCCAAGGUCCUCCUCUAUGUGACAACCACGUGGACGGGGAGUGGUACCGCUUCACGGGCAUGGCAGGAGAUGCCAUGCCCACCUUCUGCAUACCGGAAAACCACUGUGGAACCCAUGCACCUGUCUGGCUCAAUGGUAGCCACCCCCUAGAAGGUGACGGCAUUGUGCAACGCCAGGCCUGUGCCAGCUUCAAUGGGAACUGCUGCCUCUGGAACACCACGGUGGAGAUCAAGGCUUGCCCCGGAGGCUACUAUGUGUAUCGUCUGACCAAGCCCAGCGUCUGCUUCCAUGUCUACUGUGGCCAUUUUUAUGACAUCUGCGAUGAGGACUGCCAUGGCAGCUGCUUGGGAACCAGCGAGUGCACAUGCUCUCCUGGAACGGUGCUGGGCCCGGACAGGCAGACUUGUUUUGAUGAAAAUGAAUGUGAUCAAAACAAUGGUGGCUGCAGUGAGAUUUGUGUGAACCUGAAAAACUCAUACCGCUGUGAGUGUGGGGUUGGCCGUGUGCUAAGAAGUGAUGGCAAGACUUGUGAAGACAUUGAAGGAUGCCACAAUAACAAUGGCGGCUGCAGCCAUUCUUGCAUUGGGUCUGAGAAGGGUUACCAGUGUGAAUGUCCCCGGGGCUUGGUGCUGUCCGAGGAUAACCACACCUGCCAAGUCCCCGUGCUGUGCAAGUCGAACGCCAUUGAAGUGAGCGUCCCCAGGGAGCUGGUUGGCGGCCUGGAGCUCUUCCUGACCAACACUUCCUGCCGAGGGGUGUCCAAUGGCACCCACGUCAACAUCCUCUUCUCCCUCAAGACAUGUGGCACAGUGGUCGAUGUGGUGAAUGACAAGAUCGUGGCUAGCAACCUUGUGACAGGUCUCCCCAAGCAGACCCCAGGGAGCAGCGGGGACGUCAUCAUCCGAACCAGCAAACUGCUGAUCCCGGUGACCUGCGAGUUCCCACGCCUGUACACCAUUUCUGAAGGAUACGUUCCCAACCUUCGCAACUCCCCGCUGGAAAUCAUGGGCCGAAAUCAUGGGAUCUUCCCGUUCACGCUGGAGAUCUUCAAGGACAACGAGUUUGAGGAGCCUUACCGGGAAGCUUUGCCCACCCUCAAGCUCCGCGACUCCCUCUACUUUGGCAUCGAGCCCCUGGUGCACGUGAGCGGCUUGGAGAGCUUGGUGGAGAGCUGCUUCGCCACCCCCACUUCCAAGAUCGACGAGAUCCUGAAGUACUACCUCAUCCGAGACGGCUGUGUUUCAGAUGACUCGGUAAAGCAGUUUACAUCCCGGGAUCACCUAGCAAAGCACUUCCAGGUCCCCGUCUUCAAGUUUGUGGGCAAAGACCACAAGGAAGUGUUUCUGCACUGCCGGGUUCUAGUCUGUGGAAUGCUGGACGAGCGCUCCCGCUGUGCCCAGGGUUGCCACCGGCGAAUGCGUCGUGAGGCAGUAGGAGAGGACCCUGCUGGUCUACAGAGCCAGACGCUGACUGGUGGCCCGAUCAGCAUUGACUGGGAGGACUAGGUCAUCGUAACACCUCUGGCCAGCUUCCUGCGGCUCUCCUCUUUGGAGCUCCGCCCUGCGUCCUCUGAGAACAUCAGCCAACCUCUUGGAGCACCUGACCUCUUUAAACUUCACAUUGUGAGUUUGGACAAACUCCCAGAACCGACUCACCCUGAUUCUGGUCCACCAGGUCGGCACAGGUCACAGCACUGCUGAACAACGUGGCCUGGGUGGGGUUUCACCCUCCUAAGUGAAAGCUAAGCUGUCACCCAGAAGGAAGCCUAUCCCUUUUCCCUCGUUUCUUUCCUACAAUUAAAUACCUCGUGCAUGAUGUCAUAGAACCACUAAAAUCAGAAGUUGGGCAUAAUAUUUCAAGCUAGAAACCUUAAAAAAAAUGAGUUACUGGAAUUAUGACUUUAAAUACUUAAAUAUGUAAAAAACAAAUCCUGAAAUUUCAAUUCAAAUACAGAAUAGUUAGAUUGGGAAGUUUAUAAAUAAAACAGUAUGUAAUUAAAAAUUAUAUUUUGUUUUUCUCUUACAUAACAUUUUCUUCUGAUAUUUUUAUAUUGCCUUAAGUGAAAUAUUUUCACUUAAUAAAUAUGAAUAAGUUCAUUGACAUGUAUUUAAGUGCUCCAGUGACUAAAUUGUAACAAAAUUAAAGUUUGGUGUCAUAUACAUGGUUAUUUGGUAUUCUAUGUCUUCAGGCCAAUACAGCAAGAGAAAAAAGUAUAAAAUUUUACCAUACUCUAUUUUGUAGGUACUUAAUAAAUUUUAUUGAAAUAAAUAUCAUAAACAAAGAUAAAUUUUAUCUGCAGUUAAAUUCAGUUUCUUAAUAUGCCACUUAAUUUUAUGGCUGUACAUAAGAUCAGAAAAACAGUUUUUCUUCUUUUUCUUUUUAAAAGUUGCUACAGUUGACAAUUCUUAAUAGUACCAGUGAAAUUAA